AUGGCGCCGCCCUCAAAGAAGCAAAAGUGGCGAAGAGUGGACCUGUCUUCAACCGAGCGGCACGUUGAAGACUUGACGCUGCACGAGCGACUGGACCGUCUCGAUGCUGCAGACGAGCUUUUCACUCUCGAUACAGAAGGCUGUGCGCCCACGGAGAACUUGACGCAGCGCGCGCUCAAGUUCGUGAAGAGUCGCUCAGUGACGUCGAAGGACGGCGACUGGGUGAAGGACAGCAGCUGUCUAGCGAGCCGCAAGAGUCCUUUGCUCCAGGUGGUGUCGAAGACGCACAAGAAACAGAUUCUCAAGGCUCUCAAGCGAAAAGAGGCUGCCAUCCAAAACGCCAGAAAGAAGUCCGCGGCGGGUUCGCCGGCUGAGCAAGACAUUUGGGGCUCGUCGACCGCCGCGGAGGUCGGCGGCAGCGGGCGGCGCUCGCGCGUGUCCUCUCUGCUUUCUGCUUCCGCCGCCGCCGAGCCUCCAGGCAGUCUCGCGGCGCGAGACGAAGAAGCGCCAGCAGGCGAGGCUGGAGGCGAGGAGAGCGCGAGGGAGUCGAGUGCGAAGCGGAACGGAGAGGCCGCGAGUGGCAGCGAGGCGCCGCCGCCGCCAGCUAAGAAGCUCCGCGCGGCUUCUCCGCGGUCGCCAGUCUCUGCAGACUCUGUGGAGCCUUCUGCGGCGUCGGCGGCGUCUUCUGCGCCUGCCUCUGCGCCGCCCGCGACACGUCGGGUGCUGACCGCUCGCGCACUGAAGAGCUUCGAUCGCCUGCGACCGCUGAUUCCUGCGCUGCAGACGCCGGGAGACGGAGAGUCGUACAACCCGUCGGCAGACGCGCAUGCGCGCGCGCUGCUCACGGCGGCAGUGUGCAGCCUCGAAGAGAGGCGCGUUCACCAGCAGACUGGCGCCAGCGGACGCACACAGCAGCUGCUUCCAGAAAACACCGAGGCGCUCGCCGACCUCCUGCUGGAGGAGACCGAGCGCGAGGCGCACGAAAGCGGCGAGUUCAACAAAUACAAACGCCCCGUGGACGCCGCUCUCGCAGAGGCCAUACCUCCAGAAAAAGUUCAGGAACUCACCGAGAGACAAAAACAAAAGCUGUUGUACCACCUCGUUCACGGCGGAGGCAAGAUUGUGUUUGACGCGGACGGGAUGCCUCGCGUGGCUGGCGAAGACGAAGAAGAGGACGGCGAGAGCGAAGAAGGCGACAGCGACGCGAGCGACGAAGACGCUGAAACGGACGCGCCGCUCCGUAAACCAGUCGGUCGCGAAAAGAAAAAGACCCAAGCCGACCGCAACCGGCACAUGCGCUUCCUGCAGCAGCAGCGACGGAGAGCGGCAAAACUCUCUUCCAAAGAGUCGCGGGCUGCCCUCGCGCGCCUCGACGCUCUGCUCAAGGAGUGCGACGAGGACGAUGACGCGCGAAAUCAGGCGCGCGAAGCGAGAGAAGAGCGGCUGAAGGCGAAGAUCGAGGCUGCGAAGCGAGGCCGCGUGAAGCUCCGCCUGGGGCGAAAUCGGUUCGUGGAGCCUCCCCCUGCAGUUGCGCUCCCCGAGGAUCUCGGCGGUGGCAGCCUGCGCACGAUGAAGGCCGUCAGAGGAGGCGCGCUCGUUAGUCAAGUCGCCUCGCUACACAGGCGUGGCCUGCUCGACCUCCCUCCGACCGGUGGCGCGACGGCGGCGUACGCGCGGCGUGUGCAGAAGGAUCGCGCUCGGCGACUUAGCAGCAAGAAGCGGAUUUCAAAAAAAUAG